AUGCUCAGAAACGUGGAGGAUGGGGUUCGGAUCCCAAAGGACAGUCAGCUCACAGACAAACACCUCAAAGCCAUCGGGAAAGCGGCUGCCAAAAAAUUACUGCUGGAGUAUGGCUUGGUCUCUGCUCUAAGCUACAAUAGUUUCACUGAGGCUACGAUAAAACUGAACCUGAACCUCCAACUCAAGCAUUAUUUGGCCCAUUGUCCUCAGACUAAGCCAACAAGCUUCUUUGCAAGGGUUUGGAAGGUCUUCAGAAGAAACCGGAUCAGCUCGGGACCUCUGAGCACCUAUUUGUCAUCUACUAAUCAAAACCAGUAG